AUUUGGAAUGAAGUGUAUGCGUGUGUGUGUGUGUGUGUGUGUGUGUGUGUGUGUGUUUAGUACAUAUUUCCAUCUCCCUCGUUGCCACCACUAUCUUUCACAUCCAUUUUUUCUCUCUUAUCUUCAAAAUUUCCCCUUUUAAUCACAAAGAACACACCAAAAAAUCACUAUUUCAAUCGAAACUGAAGAAACCCUCUUUCAUUUUCAUGCAAACAAAUCCAAAUACAACGCCAUAGCUGAUAGCUCCACUUUGUUUUUGCCCCAUUUUUGAUAUUUUUUUCACUCUCCUUUGAUGGUUUCUUUUUUCGGGGAUUCAUUUGCAUUGUGUCAAAAACCUUGAUGGGGUAAAAUAAAAAUCUUGAUGGGGUCUGAUACAAGCUGGUUCAUCAUCAUCAUCAUCGUCAUCAUUGUUAAUAUUUCUUCGUCGAUCGUUGGUGGCUCAGCUGAUAGCUAUGAUCCACAAGCUUUAAAAGCUCUGUUUCGUCACUACGCGAAUCUCACAUUGGCAAAUCAUCAUACAGGUACUGAGCAUAAAGUUAAUCUCCCUUCUAAUUUCACCGGCAUGGAAGUUUCCGUUAAGAGGUUACGUAGUGGGAGUUUAUGGACCAGAGGAACCGAUUCCAUAUAUGUUAAGAUCCCAUCUAAUGUUAAAACAUUGCCAUACGUGAAAAGAUUAGCUAUAGUUUAUGAUAAUUUAGGGAAUUGGUCCUCUAUGUACUACAAUGUUCCUGGUUAUGCAUUAGUUUCUCCGGUUAUCGGUUUCGAUGUUUACGAUUACUCCGAUUUAACCAUGAUAAUGGAUGGGAAUUUAACGUUGAGAGUUGAAGGCGAACUGAUUUCGAUUCAUUUCCCUUAUUUAAAGGUUGGGGAUAAAAACACGACACUGCUUAAGUGCGUAGGAUUUGAACCGGACGGGUCAGUUGAAUUCAAGAAUUGGACCAACGAUAAUGUUUGCAAGGUCAAAAAUGCCGGGCAUUUUUGCGUUGUGGCGGAGAUGCCGGCGGUGACGGAGGAAAAGGAAGGGCGGGCUUGGAAAUGGUGGGUGAUAGGGUUUGGGAUUGGAAUUGUGGGGCUAAUUGUGUUGGUUUCAAUGGGGAUGGUGGUGAUGUUGAAGUGGAGGAAAAUGGAGAUCACAAAAAUGGAGAAGGAAUCUGAUACAUCGGUGGCAUUGGGUACAUUUUGGGUUAGGGGUGAUCAUAAAAUGCCUUGUGCAUCAAUGAUUAGAACACAACCAACACUUGAGCAUGAUUUUGUUCCUUAGACCCAACAUUCCUCGAUUUACUGAGUUGUUAUUGUUUUUAUCAACAAUGUUAUUUUUGAAGUUUGAAAUUAAAUUCUUUUAAAAAUAUAA